CCUUGGGAGCUGCCUGGGCGCACGCCCAAAGCCCGUCGCCUCGGCCGGCACUAGGCGGACCGCCUUUCCUUGAAAACUUUCGGUCGGGAGCCAGUGGGGGAGCUGGAAGACUGAAGCCCGGGGCGGCAGCUGCCUGAAGACGCUGGAGCCUCGCUCUGCCUUCUGCAGUUGGCGUUUGCCCCGUGUUGGGAGAGAAAGGUGCGAGGGCUUGGGGGGGGUUGGAUCCCGCCAAGUAGGUUGCGCGGAUCCGGACUUCAUCCUUGCGCAGAAUCCUCGCUCGUUCUCGCGCUGGUUUUUGCCUUUUCUUAAAAAAGCGUGUGUGUUUGGGACUCAGUGUGCGCGUGAGGACUUCGGGGAUUUGGAAGAACUUCAGCGGUGCGGAAGAAGGGGAUUAAAGCAGAAGAGAAGAAAGUCGGGAGAAUUUUUUUUUAAGGCGAAAAACAAGGUUGGAACAGAGAAGCCGUUGGAAAGCUGGAAAUGUCCUGUCCCUGCUGCAUCCUGGUUGGGUACUUGUUCCUAGUCCUGCUCUUGCAUGGGCUGGGAGAAGGUUCUGCACUUCAUGACAGCAGGACUCAUCCUCAGUCAUUAGAAAAGAGUGCAUGGCGAACUUUCAAGGAAUCACAGUGUCAUCACAUGCUGAAACAUCUUCACAAUGGAGCUCGGAUCACUGUACAGAUGCCACCUAUAAUUGAGGGACAUUGGGUCUCAACUGGUUGCGAAGUUAGAGCAGGUCCAGAAUUCAUCACAAGAUCCUACAGAUUCUACCAUAAUAAUACAUUUAAAGCUUAUCAGUUUUACUAUGGAAGCAAUCGAUGUACAAACCCAAUCUAUACCUUAGUUAUCCGUGGUAAAGUCCGCCUUCGUCAAGCAUCCUGGAUUAUUCGAGGAGGGACUGAAGCUGAUUAUCAAUUGCAUAACAUUCAGAUCAUCUGCCACAGUGAGGCAGUAGCUGAUAAACUAAAUCAGUUGGUGAACCGUACAUGUCCUGGAUUUGUACCAGAAGAUAAACCUUGGGAGCAGAAUGUAAGCUAUGAUUUAUGGAGAGAAGAGAAUGGCUAUGAGUGCACAAAAGCACUGAAUUUUGCUAUGCAUGAACUUCAACUGAUUCGAGUAGAGAAGCAAUACCUGCACCAUAAUUUAGACCACUUAGUAGAAGAACUGUUUCUUGGAGACAUCCACACAGAUCCUGCUCAGAGGAUGUAUUAUCGUCCAUCCAGUUAUCAGCCUCCACUCCAAAAUGCCAAGAACCACGACCAUUCUUGUAUAGCAUGUAGGAUCAUCUAUCGGUCAGAUGAACACCAUCCUCCAAUUUUGCCUCCAAAGGCUGAUUUAACUAUUGGAUUACAUGGGGAAUGGGUGAGCCAGCGCUGUGAAGUACGCCCUGAGGUGCUCUUUCUUACUAGACACUUCAUUUUCCACGACAACAAUAAUACCUGGGAAGGUCACUACUAUCAUUACUCUGAUCCAAUCUGCAAGCAUCCCACCUUCACUAUUUAUGCCAAAGGCCGUUACAGCAGGGGAAUACAUUCAUCCAAAGUGAUGGGAGGAACAGAAUUUGUCUUUAAAGUAAAUCAUAUGAAAGUUACUCCCAUGGAUAUAGCUACAGCCUCUCUACUGAACGUCUUCAACGGAAAUGAGUGUGGAGCAGAAGGAUCCUGGCAAGUUGGGGUGCAGCAAGAUGUAACUCACACGAAUGGCUGUAUUGCUUUGGGAAUCCGUCUGCCUCACACAGAAUACGAGAUCUUCAAAAUGGAGCAGGAUGCCAGGGGCAGAUACUUGCUAUAUAAUGGCCAGAGGCCUAGUGAUGGAUCCAGCCCAGACAGACCAGAAAAAAGAGCCACAUCCUACCAAAUGCCCUUAAUUCAAUGCACAUCAGCAGCCCCAAGAAUAGAAGGAACAUUAGAAGAAAACAUACUAGGAUGGUAUAAUAGUAGAGCAUCAGCAAGGAAUUCCUGUGCAUUUGUGCUGGCCAUAAUACUGGCUAUUUAUACUGUGCCACACUUGGACCUUCUCAGCUAGAAGAGCAUUUUGAAAUGUCUCAGAUCAGGGCAAUAUAAGACUUGAGAUUCAUGAGAAUGGCAAAGGAAAAGGGCAUUUUUAAACAAAAAAAGGACAUUUAUUUUCUUGAUGCACUUGAAUGCCUGAUAACUCUUUGUUAUUUCCUCAUGCUUUCCUGUCUUUGAAUCACGAACAGAACUCAUUUCUUUGAACUUCAUCCAGUCUGAUCUAAGGCCUGACAUGACUGCACAAUAGCAAUUGCACUUUAAGACUGCAGUUUCUUUCUUUCAUGUUAAACUCUGUUACAACUAACCAGUACAUUUUCUGCAACCUUUCUUCCAUCAACUUUGCUGUUGCAGCUCGUUGACUUCAAAAAAUUUAUUCAUUGAAUUUAAUUAUCAGGUAUUAUACUUUUAUCGUGCCAAUACUAGAAAACUGCAUCUUUCUUAAGCUACAGUGUAUAUAUGUAUAUACAAAAAACUCAAUCCAUGGAUUUAUCUAAAUAUACUUUUAUAGAUUUUACA